AUGUCCAAAGCCAAUGGCUCUGGCAAUACCAAUGGCCACAAAAGAUCAACCACGAUGACAGUUCCCGCGUCAACACCACCCGACAUUUACAACGCCAACUCCGUCUCCGAAAUCAAAGCGACCCUGUUACAUCUCCACGACCAAGAGGCCGCUGUCACAGCCCGACUCGAUGCCCUCGUAGCUUCGCAAAAAGAUUUCUCGCGAGAACUCGGACGACUGGAUCUACUCCGUGCACAUUUGGGCUCGCAGGUAAACACUGCUCGAAAUAUCAGUCAUGGCAUGUUAUCCCCCGCCGCAGCAACGGCCGAGCGCAUCUCAGGCGCCGUACGUCGACUAGACUUGGAACAGGCACGAGUGAAAGCGACACUGGAAGUAGUCGAGCAAGUUGCCGAAUUAAAAGCAUGUGUGUUAGGCGUCAAUGGUUCAAUGGAAGGACCACAGGACUGGGAGAUGGCAGCUAGUUAUCUGAAUCGCGCAUCUAAGAUUCCGCCGGAGGUUGUCAAGGGGGCGUUUGCGGCACAGAUUGUUCCGACUGCUGAAGUCCCGGAUCCACCAAGCGUGACUUUACACAAUGCCGCAGAGUCUCUGUGUGGGUUGUUCCUGAGGGAAUUUGAUAAAGCGGUCAAGGAGAAUAAUGGGGCUAAAAUUACUCGGUUCUUCAAAUUGUUUCCUCUCAUCGGUCGGUCUGAAGUAGGCUUGGAUGUCUAUGGGAGAUACGUCUGUCAAGGUGUGGCAUCACGAGCUCGAGCAAAUCUCAACGCUGGUCCUGGUGGCUCGCAAGUGAAAGAUGGGUAUUUCUAUGCGAGUGCGCUUACAAAACUCUUUGAGCAUAUUGCUCAGAUUAUUGACGGACAUGGUGCGCUGGUUGAACGGCAUUACGGUUCUGGUAAGAUGACUCGCGUCAUUGAAAGGUUACAGGUGGAAGCCGAUGUCCAGGGUGGUAUUAUCAUCGAUACGUGGAGUGACGAGAGAAACGUGGAUCGAAAGCUGACCGAUAUAAAAUCUUAUGCAUUUACCUUCUUGGUACAAAGCUUUUUACCGGCCCAGCGAGCAACAGGGACACCGCGAACAGGGUCUCCUGCCACCAGGGACGGACUUCAGGAAGGUGAAGAUGAAGGUGUGGAUAUGAAAGAAAUUGAUGCUAUACUUAAUGAACUAGGAGUGAUGCUUGAAAGAUGGUCGCUCUACUGUCGAUUUGUCGGCGACAGUUGUAGGCCAGUCGAAGAAAACGGCAAUGCGGAGGCGCCUUUAGAGCUCCCUGAAUUUCUGGUAGAGUCUACUCUUUCCAAGAAGAUAAGAGACCGAAUGAUUGGCCCUUUUAACGCCAUGACUACAUUCUUCCUACGACGCUCUGUCGAGAAAGCAUUCCAACUGGACGAGCAGCCUACUGGCUUGACGCUAAGUUUACAACGACCACUCGCCUCGGAGCCGCCUCAUAUCACCUCGGCUGUUGACGACAUCAUGUAUAUUGUCAACAAGGUCCUUCGACAAUCUAUUGCAACAUCCCAAGAACAAGUCGUGACGAAUGUGGUACCUACGUUGUCGAGAGUGCUUGGAGCAGAUUUUAUCGGUAUGAUUCAACGCAAAAUGCGUGACGAAUGUUACCCCCGACCCCCAGUACAAGGUGCCCAGCCUGCAGAGCAGACUGUGAUAUCGUUUUUGGUGUUGAUCAAUAAUCUGGAUAUUGCAGUUGACUAUAUUCGGAGGAUAGUACGGGGCCAGGUUGAAAGCAAGCCGGCCGAUGGAAAUCCAGAGAACGGUAAAACUGUCACCGAGGAUGUCGGUAAUGGAUUAGCAGCAAUGUAUCCUCUUGGAGACGACGCAUUAAUCGUCGCGCAGACACUGCAAUCGCUGUCAACAUCGUUCGAGUCCAAAGCCAAUGACUUGAUAUCCGAUGGUAUCCAAGUCGUGUUCAAUAACGUGAUCAAGGCACGCCUCCGACCCAUCUUGGCGGAAUCAUUCCGCGAUAUCGAGUAUCAGCCGCGAGACCACAACGACCCGACAACCAGCACAUAUCAAACCUACGAAGUCGACGAGGACGAAGAAGACGAAGAACUCCGUCGGGCAGAAAUGGUCCGGCCGCGAUUCGCAGCAGCAUGGAAAGAAUUGGUGUCUCCUAUUUCACGGAUUCUGACCCCCACGGCAUUUGAUCGUUUGUUAUCGAUUACGGUGACAUAUUUGGCGCGAUUACUAGAGAAGAGAUUAUGGUCUUAUCAUGGACGAGUCAAUGGGCUUGGCGCGAUUCGGCUGGAACGCGAUGUAUCGGGUAUUGUGAAUGCGGUGGUGGAAGUUGGCAGUAGCCAUGGUGCUCCGGCGCGAUAUCGACAUCGGGAGACAUUCGCGCGUUGUGUACAGAUUACAAUGAUUAUGGCAAUGGAUGAGGACGAGUGGGAUGAUGUGGUCGCGGGUGGCGAGACGGCUGAUGUGGUGGACAGAUUAAGUGUAGAGGAGCGGGCAAGGGCACGAUCUAUGAUGCGUAACUGAGUUACACAGACGUAUAUAUACUGAGGACGUGGAAAUAAGUCAAAUAUGGACGUCCAUAGCUAUUCGAAUCUCGAGUCGUCUGCAUGAUGGACAAGUGUCGCGUGACAGUGACACUAAUAUCCCGAACCAUCCAGAUGGUCGUCCAGAUGGUCCGGACCAGUGUGGAUUAGCGGACACAUGGCAGCAUGGCUCUUACUAUGUACAUUGAUGGAAA